GAUUAUCUCAACCAUUACGUCAACUGUAUUUAGUGGGUUGGAGAGUAUUUCGAAUCGAUAAGGAACGCUAGCGACUUUUUGAUUGUCUUUUAUUAAAAAGUAUUAACAAACAAAUAUAAACAGUUGUUUAUCCAGUUUAAAUUCUAAAAAAAAAGAAGAUUAAUGUCAUUAGGGUGGCAUUAGAUUUCUAGCAAUAAUGACAGAUUCUGAAGGUUCAGCAAAACGUAUGGCAACUGAAGAAAAUGAAGGGAGUGAAAUUUCCCAUAAACGUGCACGUAGCAGAGGACGUGCUGUGGAUGUUAGAUUUUUAUUACAAAGCAAGAAUGCUGGUGCAAUUAUUGGAAAAGGUGGUUCGAACAUAAACAGACUUCGCAAAGAUUACAAAGCAAGUGUUACAGUGCCCGACUGCCCUGGCCCUGAACGGAUUCUGUCUGUUGUGGCUGACAUUGAAACUCUUGGUGAGAUACUGAUUGAUAUCAUCCCAAAACUAGAAGAUUAUAUUCAUCACCGGACAUUGAGUUUUGAUUGUGAAAUGAGAAUGCUACUUCAUCAGAGUCAUGCUGGAUGCUUAAUUGGAAAAGGUGGACAUCGUAUAAAAGAAGUUAGAGAGAAAACUGGAGCUCAUAUUAAGGUAUAUAGUAACUGUUGUCCUGUAUCUACUGAAAGAGUUGUUCAAAUAUCAGGUUUUCCAAAUGUUGUCAUUGAUUGUGUAAAAGAAAUAUGUGAUAUAAUCAGUCAGGCUCCUAUAAAAGGACCAAACAAAUUAUAUGAUCCUCACAAUUACAACACUUAUUAUGCAUCAGAGUAUGGAGGUUACAGUGAUGGGGGAGGAAGAAACAGUGGAAGAGAUAUGGGAUCUAGGAUUAAUAGAAGUGGUCGUGGUCGUUUGUUUGGAGGACCUUCUUCAGAAGGAUUGCUGGGUUCACCUCGUGGAAGAGGAAGAAUGAUGUUACCUUCAGGACCAAGAAAUAGAAUGGGAAAUUUAGAUACUGAUUGUCCAGAAGACAUGGAUUUAAUGUCAUCUAUGUCUGUUGAUAAUAGUGGAGGUCAAAAUUUAAAUGGUCAUAGUUUUCGUGGAGGACAUACUGGAGGAGGAGGACUUAGAGGAUUUGGUCAGUCACAAGGAAUGGGUGGAAUGCCUCUCAGAAAUAGAGGUGCUGGAAAACCUGGCAAUAGAAAUAUGUUUUCUGGUUCAGAUAAUUCUGAAGGUUUACUUGGAGGAGGUCCAGGAAUGUCAUCUGAAUUUGAACAAGAUUUUACACAAGAUGAGGCUGUUUGUGACUUAUUUGGUUCAAAACAGGGAAAUUUUGGAGGAAAUAAAAAUUCAACUCAAGUGACUGUUCCAAAUGAGCUUGCUGGUGCUAUUAUCGGAAAAGGAGGCCAAAGAAUAAGAAAAAUUCGUAGAGAUUCUGGAGCAGGAAUUACUAUUGAUGAAGCAUUACCUGGAAGUUCAGAUCGUGUAAUCACAAUAUCUGGAACUCCUCAACAAGUGCAAAUGGCACAAUUUCUCCUCCAGCAAAGCGUUCGAGAGCAUUCUGGUAGAAAAUUCUAAUGAAGAUUCUGUACAAGGUCCUCUCCUAUCCAUUUCUUGCAUUGCAGUCAUUUGUCCAUUCAAUCAAUUUGUUAUUUGUGGCUAUGAAAGUGUAUUUGCUUUGUUUCCAAUGACAUAUUAAACAUCAAUAACAACAGGGUUGUAUCACAUGUUGCAAUGUUUUAAUUUGUGUAAAAAAAAAAUGUGAAUUAUUUGUCCAAAAUAUAAUGUGUGACUUUUGACUGCUUUAGAUACAUUCCAGCCAAUAACAAAUAUAUUGCCUUUGUCCAUACUUCAUUAAAAUAUAACAGAUGGGGAGGAUAGUAGUCCAGAAAUUUCAGUUUGCAAUAUUGAAUUUCUUAGUUUUAAGUGAAUAAGCUGCAUUAUUAUAGUUACUUUUAUUUAAUAGUAAAAAUGUCUUAAAAUUUUGUUUAAUUCUUUAAAUAAUUUUUCAUUUGUAUUCUGAAGAUGAUCUCAAAUUUCCAAAAAAGUUGUAUUAAGAAAAGUUUUAUUCCAUUUAUUCUGUUAGGUAUUCAUUCAGAACAGUGUAGCCUUUGCCACAAAGUUUGUAUUCAGUUAUAUUUGUUUUGAUACCUCAACUCUGUCAGUUUUCAUAAAAUGUUGUACUGAGGUUUAGAAUUGUCUGAUUUUUAAAUAAACUGGGAGUUGUGCCAAGCUCUGACAUUUAUUUUCAUUAAAGAAAAUUGUCCAUUUAAAUAUAUAUACUCUGGAUAGCUUUAUAUCUGUCAUAUACUUUGACAUUUCUUUUUAACUUUGAGUUUGGCAAUUGUAAAUCUGAAAUAAAAAAAAAUAACAAAAACACAAA